CAGAUACACUGACUGAACACAGAAAGGUCUGACGGUGCUGGUACAUCUCUGUCUCUGUGUCAUUUCUAUCACAUUAUAUCUAGGAGUUUCAUCCCCUGCAUUAUUUUUAUUUCUCUGGAAAACUUAGGAGAGAGUGCAAACCAAGCAAAACCGAUACAAGCGCGUCUCUCUCCUCUUUUAUUUGGAAAGGUUUGCCACCGCUUCUGCGACGCUGUGUUGUUUGCAAGAACCAACUGCAGCUUUUAUCUGGGAGACUUCAUCUGUUUACGCUCAUGAACGGACUUAACUGUGUACGCUGAGACUCCCGUGCUUCAGUAGGUGGAUUUAAGUUGUCACAUUUUACUCCAAAGUGGGUAUAAAGACAUUUUAACGCCUGUAGUGAAGGUGUAAUUAAUUGACACUUGCAACAUGGCUGCUUCGGGGACGGCAGUGAGAAAAGUUUGACACUGACGUGGGAGAAGUUUUAUUUGAAUGCGAGUUGGUUCAUGAGUUUUCUGGCACACCAUAAAGUCGUCAGCAGUCGCCCUCAGCCUGGCACCGCUUUCCCCGGACUGACAACCAAGUGGAUGAACCGUGUGAGAGCCCCCUCCUCCCCCGACAGUCACUGCAGUGGUGGACUUUUUGGACAAACUGUGGUGGUGUCUUCUUCUUCUUCUCUUCCCUCCUAAGCUGUGGCGGCGGCGGCGGCGUUCAAGGACCUCUCGUCGAGCAACGGACUGCAGCGUCUCCAGCUAAAAUGCAUUUUUCCAUCCCCGAAACGGAGGUCCGCUCGGGAGAAAAUGGAUCAACUUAUGUGGUGAGCAUUAUAUUUUGUGUUUAGGUUUCACCUGCUUUCACUUGUGCCCUGGCAAACGUCAAUGCAGCACGCUUUUCUGUGUUUACCUUCAUAAACAUGAAACAGCAGGGUGCAUGACUAUAACGUAGUAUUAAACAGCUUCACUUUAUUUAGACCACAUAUGCUGAUAUUACACGCAAAUGUGCUAUAUAUUUUAUAAUGGUGGCAACUAAAGGUCACGUUGUCACUUCGUGGGCUAUUGAACGCGUCGGCAGUGAGAAACAUGUACAGCAUGAUCUUAAUCUGGUAGAUGUUAUUUUGCUCCCACUGUUGUUGUGUCUCACCAAAUCUUAUUCACAGCAAAAGCCAACCAACACAGUCCCUUUUGUUUCAAAGGUUUGAGUCAGCGCUUUAAUUCUCCCUCAGAUUUGCCACCAUAAUAUUACAAUCCUCCUUUCUAUUUAGAGAAAAUAACAGCCAGUGCAGAUUUAACUCAUUGUUUAGCUCUCUGAGCAACAGUUAAAUACAUCAGUCUCAAAAUACUGCAGCCGAUUUAUGGCUUCAUCAUCUUACUUGCUAACGUAACUUCAUAACUGAUUUCAUGUUUUUUUUUUUUUUUUUCACGCCCGUCCAAAAAAGUUUGAAUUGCCAUUGUGUUUUGGAAAAGCUUCUCCUUUCAUGGCCUUGACAAAACAGCAGACAGGCUUAUUCAUCCAGGCUUUUAUGAACUGAAGCAUCACAAACUAGUUUAAGCUGCCUUCGCUGGUUUCCUAGAAGUACCAAUGACACACACUCAGGACACUUGCAGAGACAGCACUCUUUAAAAACAGCACCACCAAAUGUUGUCCUCUUUUCUCCUUUUUUUGAAGACAACAGCUAAAGUACGAGGAUGUGUCCGUUGACAUGUCCCAUCUAUGCUCCUGAGUCUUUACGUUGCUAGGUAACAGCUUGGUUAAAUUUUUUUUCCCCAUUAGUUAUGAAUACCAUGAACAAACACCAGAACAAAUAGUAAUCUUUGAGGCCAUUAGAUGUUUUGAUGAAGAGCACAGUCCCUCGCAUAUUCGCCAGAUGCUUUGAAGGAACAUCUGCAGCAUCUGAUUUCCAUGUAGACGCACAAUGGCUGUUCUACACCUGUGAAUAACUGCUCUAUCUUGACUCCACAUGCUCCAGAGAGAGAGAGAGAAAUACCGUGGAAUUAGACCAUAAACAUGUGAACAUGCCAGCUUGUUCCCUGCUGCACUCAAAGUACUGCACUAGCUUGGGAUAUGAGCCUAACAAUAUCCCUUUUUUUGGUUAAAUAUAUGCUAUGAUUUAUUUUUGAUCUAAUGCGAAUUGACUCUGCAAACCUGUGUUGCAGUUUAAAGCUAAAACUGUCUCCAAACGGAGCACAUUUCAGGUGCCAUCUCUGGCUUGUUUCCACCUGGCUGAGCAGACUUUCCGCAGUGCAAACUUUAAAGCGCCGGGUUUUCACCUCUCUGCCUGGCAGUCGUGUGACUGUCAUCGUGACCUUCCUGUCCCCGGCCAACAGGAAGGGACUUUGCUUGAUUGUAAUGCUGAGAGAUGGGCUGUGUACCUUGGAACCAACAGGCUGCCGAAUCUGCAGAGUUUGCACAGGGCUUUUAAGAAUAACAAGGUCUGCAUUUUUUUUCUUUUUUUUUUAAUAUGCCAGUGUUCCUGUGCAAGCAGGGACAAAUCAAGUGCCCAGUCACACUUCCUUUUGUCUGGUAGACAUGCAGCUUCCUCUACCUCACAUGGUAUUUACUUUACUGUUACCGACUAGAUGUGGGUGUGUUAAAGUUAGAGUUUGGUGCCACUAUGAUUUACCGUGACUCAUUUAUUUACUGGAUGAGGAACAUGUUGAGACAUAAGAAGAAGCAAAUUCAUCUGUUCCUAUAAAGAUUUGCAAACAUGUAUGGUGAAAAUACGCAGCAUGUCCUAAUGUUAUCUUUGAUUCUCUGAAAAUUAAGAAAAUAACAAGCUGAUCAUAUAAUAAAUAUAACAGAAAAUUGGAUUAACAGAUUACUAAGUGCUUUAUUCAUGUCAACAGCCACAUGUGAGGUAGUUUAGGUGAGUGGAACUGACAGAAAAUUUGGUUUAUGGCGCCUUAUGUUUACACUAGAACUUUGUUGCUUGGCUGUGAUUUAAUAGUAUUAGUAAAAGCCAUAAUACACCCCUGAUUGUACAUUUUGUACCUUUCCUAAUCCCUAUGUAAAUAAAUCAUUGAUUGAAAACUACCUCAGAGUUUCCUAGGCUUUAUUUUAACAUGUAAUGUUGUGUGAAAGGACGGAGAAUGAGUGCACGCCACAUGUGGGUGCAGGGCUACUGAGCGCACGCAGUGUUGUGAAGAGAAAGCGCCUCCACAUCAGUUCAAAGUACAAAUGUUCUUAAAUACACACAGCUUUUAAUUCCAUGUAGACAUUCAUCAGAGAGCAAUUCAAGAUCGUUUUCAUUGUAGGUUGUAAUUAUUUCAGGAUUAAUCACUCAGCUUGUACAAUUAUUAAAGCAGAUCCAUAAUAGUAUGUCUUCAUAUUGCUUCUAUAGAAAGGAUUCUGAGUGACUAGACACUUUUUAAACUGAAGCAUUUCACCUGCUCUAAGUCAUCGGGGUCUUAGUUAUGUGACUGUGUUAUCAAGGUUGACAAAUACAACACUAAUACAGAAUUUCAAAAAAUAGAAGUUCCAUUGAGCAUUUUUGUCCUUUUGUAUCUUUGCAGACUGUAGUUCAGACUGUUGCACAAUCCUGUCACCCCCCCAAGAUUCAGUUUGACUCAUAAAGAAGUUUGGCACAAUAGGCCAUUUAAUCAGGAUUACCGAUUUUUUGCACAAUAUGCCAUUUUUUUCUGUGAAUUCCACAUUGAAGAGUUAAAUCUUGAGACUGUUGUUGUAAGCCCAGAAGCUGAAUUCAAACAUAGUUUCCUACAUACUAAGAAUAUAAUUCUUCAAUCUUUUUUAUCCUGAGAAAUUAACUUCCCUUUUCUAUAGCUAUACUUGUAUGGAUGCUUGUAUUUGUUACGUGCGUCUGUUCUGAUCCCGGUGCAUUGUAUUGGUUGGUUCAUUUAUAUAGCUUGUUUUUGGUGGAAAUCAUUUGGCAUAUACUAAAGUAAGUGAGGUAAGAUUGUACAAAACUGGCACAUUUAUUCAUUUAAAAAUACAGCUUGAUCUUUACAAACUUAUACUUCCUACAGAAAUAAAGAAAAACAAUUGCAGAUAUGUCAUCCACACACACUGAAUUGCAUACUUGAUUGUGAUUGGUCAGUACGCUAUGGCAAUGGUCUGUUAUUUCUCCACAGUACACUGGAGGAAUGUUGCUAUGCCUCUGGCAGACAAACUGUAAUCAUAUCAAUCUGCUGGAAGAAGUGCGACACAUUUGCUGUGGUGGUGGUGGUGGUGGUGGUGGUGGUGGUGUGUGUGUGUGUGUAGUGGUGGUGGUGGGGGGGGGGGGGCAAAAGAAGGGACAGACAGCAGAGAAAAAGCUGAAGAGAUAAGAUAAAUCUGAAGGCUCUUAAAAAAUCUCCAAAGCCAAAGAUGGUGAAUCAGCUAAAACUUGACAAAAGAGGGUACAAGGGUGUUUAUUAACUGAAAGACAAAAAGAAAUUAUCACAGACUGUGGCAGAGAUGGGAUAAAUAAAAUUCCACGUGUUGCACUGAUGUAAAUUGUCCAAUUCAAUUUAUUAAACUUGACAGUAAGUGCAAAUAUUCAGUUUCAUAUGAGCAUUAGUGGUUAAGUUUGCUAAUCUCAAGAAAGCUGCAGUUGUUCCUUUUGCUAUGGUCACAGCUCAAACUGUGACCAUUGUGAAUAUGGUGUAAAAGUACAGUCAAGUGUCUCAGUUAUGAUGAAUAUAUUAUGUGGAAAUAGCAUACUCAAGACAUCAGUAUGAAUUUCAGUCUAUUUCAUACAUGUCGAAAACUCCUCACAGGAGCUUUAAAUUCAAAGUGAGGGUACAGAAAAUGAAUUGGGUCUUUGAGAUCACCCUGUUGACCUGUGCCUUAGUUAAACUGCUUGUAUCUUAAAAAAUAAAGUGAGAGUAGUAUUUUUUUUGAGUCAUUCUGCACACUCACUCUUCCUUCCUGCCUUAUCCUGCCCACACAUGCACCUUUGAGUUCACUCGCCGGCCUUCCUUCGAGGUCUCUAUCUCUACUGUUUUCCUUGACAACUUUGCUUGACCUUGUUUUCCAGUUAUUUGAACAUGUGAACCCUCUGUGGCAUGUGCAUCUAGAUCGACAGUGUGGCCGUGAGUCUAAGGAACUUUUGCUCUGACAGAUGAUCAACUAUGUAAAGACUGUAAAUGUCAUUGAAAGAGAUUAAAGCAGGGACAGAUUUUGCUUCAACACCCAAAAAGGAAAUUUCCUGCACAAGCAAAGAGAGAUUCUUCCUCUCAUCCUGGCCUAAACUGAACAGAGCUGGGUGACUGUUUUAUUCUUAGAAAAUGAACAAGCAAGUAUAGCCAUGAUCAUUUCCAUGAGUCUGUUUCUAUAUAUGGAGAAAGUGAUCUGGAAAAUAAUUUAUUCCGUCAAAGCAAGCAGAACUGGUUGUUUUUUAGUCAUGGCUGUAGUCCUGAUUUAAACAUAAAAAUAAUUUAUGUCAAGAUAUUUUUUUUCCGUCUAAUCAGUUUUGGAUAUUUCUUUCAAAUUGGAGACGGAUUUGUUGUUUCUGUUGGGUUAGAGAGCUGGCUUUGAGAAAUGAGAAACUGAAAUUUUCCUGCACUAGAAGUGCUUUUUUCUUUCUGUCAGUUUGCAGACUUAAAAAGUUUUAUUUUUCCUGAGAUCAUAACUUUCUUUCUAGUUAUUUAUGUGGUUCGGCAUCAUUUCCAACAUGUAAUGAAUUUUGGGGGAAAAGAAAUCCAAACACAGCUCAAAAAAUGACGGAAAGUAGAUUGUUUGAUUGCUGAUUCAAAGUGUUGGAGUUUGCAGGGGAAUAUCCAAUGAUUUAUCUCUCUCUAUCCAUCAAAACAAAACAAACAGGGGAUGUCUGUGAGGCAGAAAUAAGAUUCCUCAUGUGAUUCUUGCUUUCUUCAUUUGUUUGCUUGUGCAUAAUUGAAGGAGACGCUAUUGUGAUUGAAAAAUAUCCAGUGGGCUCUGUUUUCCCUCUAUGGAAAUCAGCAGGAUUUGAUCGAAUUCCACUCACACUUCAUUUGUUUGGACCUGCUUUAUGAAUUGAAGGAGCGGGGCAGCUCUCAGUGACUAAAUAAGAUAAGAUGGUUUGAGACUGAGGCAGUUUGGAGGGGAAGCAGAAGUGAAACUGAAGUUUGUGGUGCAGUGUGUUCACUCUUAGUGCAGUGCCUUUCAACAGCUGUUGUCUCAUGUCUGCAUUGAGUUGAUCACUCAAGGAAAGUCAUCUGAAGAAUUAAAAGGAUAUUACGGCGUAAUUUUUAGGUUUUGGUCAAACACACUGUAACACCGAGUUAGACACCCUCUCCAGAGAUGAAUGUUGCCAACUGCUUGCAUCGGUGCAGACUCGCUAUUGAAGGGCUGAACAGUCCACUUGCCCUCGGCACUCUGUGGUUUGGGAUGGCCUUCAAUAUGGCAGAGCCUCCGCAGGGACGUGCAAACGGAGGGUGUAUAGGGCAGGUGUGUAGGGGGCGGUUUGGGAUUGGGCCCAAAUUUCCCUUAGCCGCUUGUUUGAGGGGGGAGCCCUGACGAGUCGAUCACCGAGUGCAGCUGAGUUUUGCAGCUAAAGGAAGAGCAUUUAUGAUCAUUACCUUACGGAAAUGCAGUCAAAGUUUUUGUGUAUCUUGUAUGUGCACUGCAGACGCGGUAGUUCUUCUGCCUUAGCGUCUCGGUAUGAUUGCAUUUCCAUUAAGUAAUUAAGAUACAUUUUCUGCUGCACUCUGUGAUCGACUCAUCAGGGCUCCCCCACAAACAAGCGGGCUGCUGGAGGAGAGUGGGUGAGUUGUGUUUGGUCUCUUUGCUGAAGAAAUCAGGCAAAGCUAAAAAGAUGUUUAAUGGCUAGCACUAUGACUAGGACCCUACUGUAUAUGUACUGUUGAUGAAGUUAGGUGCUGUUCUGAGCAUUAAUUGUGGCUAUAGAGUGCCUUUUGGUUGAGGUUUGCACAUGGAGAUGUAGACUGCUGUGUAUUGCUAUUGUGCGGUCGUUGCUGAAGGAGGUAUAACUAGAGAAGCAAGCGGUUGCCAACAUUCAUCUCUUGAGGAUGUGUCUAACUCUGUGUUAUGGUGUGUUUGACCAUAACUUAAAUUUACGCUGAUAUCUCCCUUUUAAUACUCAGUUUUGGACUUAAGUAUGUAAUUGCACAGACCUUGUGUCCCACAAAAGGACAUAAUCAUUAUAUCUAUUUGUUCAUUUAUUUAUGUAUAACUAAAUUUAAUUUUAUCUGAAUAUUUUGAUUCUCUAACUUGCGUGACCCUUGACUCAAAAUGUUUUCUUUUUGCCUAACAGGCCUACAACAUCCAUGUAAAUGGCGUGCUGCACUGCCGGGUACGCUACAGUCAGCUCCUUGGCCUCCAUGAGCAGGUAAGCCUUCAGCCUUCAUCAUGAACUCAUUGCUGUCUGUGUGAUUUGGAUCAGAAGGGACCGCCUUGUGCAUUCGCUGCUCUGAAAGCUGUUUAAAUGCCACCCCAUCCACACAGCGUGACCUUUCGCUCGUCUCUGUGUCGCACGGUCGAUUCGCCGCCCUCCCAUCUCUUUGAAUCACCACUGUGGUGUCUCAAAGUCUUGCGCUGUAACUCCUCACAGAGUUCAGACUAUUGCAUGAAAAUAGGAGGUAUUGUUUGGAGGAGGAGGUUGGCGACAUCCAAGGAAUGUUCUUGGCCUUUCCUUCACUUCACCUGCUGGGAAUAAGGAACUUAAUCUCAGAGAGAAAUGUUGUUUGAAAGUGCAGGGUUGCCUGGUCUCUGGCCUCGGUGCAGAUUUACACAGAGCCACAGAUAUUCGCUGGCACUGUUAUUAAGCAAUUAGAGCAUUAAAAUUUGACUUGUUUUGUUUAGUACUGUGGCUAAACAUGAGCUUGUUUUUGAAAUUCUUUAACAUUCACUUUUUGGAAGCAUGUUUUGUUGUAGAAAAAGAUGCACUGUUGGUAAAAAGAGAGGUUGAGCUCUUUCUGCUGCACUCUGCAGUAUACAUACCACAGUCUUAUAGAUGUGCCCAGUCUCCUUCUUCACACAUUAAUAAAUAAGCAAGCAAGGGGCCAAACUUUGCUAUCUCCCUCCUCUUCAGGUCUGUGUUAUCCACUCUGACAGUUGCUGUCGUUGCUUGGCAACAGGGUGUGGGGAAGACACACUUGAAUCUUUAAGGACCAACCCCAUAGGGCUUGCAGCGGUGAAUGUAUGACCUCCAAACAUUAAUGAAUGCUGGGUACACACAGCUAUAGCAGAGAAAGUGUGAAUGUUAAUCCGGCCUCUUGUUUUCUUUUCAGUUACUUCUGUAUUAAGGUCAGACUUCUGCUGGAUCAGAGGGGUUUUUCUACCAAAUAGUGAAAACAGAAUUUUUAGAUUGAAGUCCGGUUUUGUGGACACGCAUGUGUAACCUGGGCUCCAGUGUCUGUGGCUGUGAAAGCUUAUUGGUAUGUGUGACCAGUGCAGGCUCUGACGUACGGAAAAUACCAAAGGGCAGUCUGCUGAGGUGAAAAUCACCUCUUUUUCCCUCUCUCACUGUGGCUGGCCUGCUUCACACCACAUGUGCAGAACCUGAGGGGUUCAAAAGUGUCAGUGAAUUCUCGGCUGUGAUGAGUGAGGUGCACAGAUUAGAUUUUUUUCUCCCGUUAAAUUAAAGCACAUUUGAUGUGACUUCCACAGUUCAAAGCAGUGAGAGCUGAGAUGAUAGAAAAUGGGAAGAAAUGAGUCAAGAAGCUGGAAGACAAAGUAAACUUGGACUGACUAGACAUCCAGGCUUCCAGAUGUGUCUCUGUGUGUGUGUGUGUUUCUGUGUGUGUGUGUGUUUCUGUGUGUGUGCUUGUGUUAGGCCUGGAAACUUCACUAGCAAGUCGAUGAAACCAACCUUAAAAUAAACCUGUGAUUCAUCUUGAGCAGCAUGAAUGUAGUACCCCUCAGAAACAUGAAUCCACAAGUCUCUGAUUUAAAAAGCUGCACUUCUGGACUGAAGUUUACAGCUUUGGGCACGUGACUGUUUUGCAGAUGUUCUGAAAUCGAUUUGAAGAAGAAUGAGUCAUUUGACACCCCUCAAACUGACUUCAUAUGCAAAAGUGGAGAAAAAGAAGUUGUAUGGUUCAUUCUCCUGUGCACUCACCUUCUUUGCCUUUUUGUUUUCUGUGCACAGAUAAAGAAAGAAUAUGGCAGCAACGUGGUGCCUGCAUUCCCCCCUAAGAAGAUCUUCACGUUGACUCCUGCAGAGGUAGAACAGAGGCGAGAGCAGCUGGAGAAAUACAUGCAGGCUGGUAAGUUAUUCAUGCCGAAUGGACUUUCCUGCAGCUGGCUCGGCCGCAUUUCAUUUUAUUUCUGUCUGAAAUGAAAUUCAAUGUGGUUGUUUUUGUCGGGGCUUUAAACUGGAUACCAUUCCUCUCUGAAUUGCUGCACACAAACCCCCCCGAGAGCAAAGAGCGGUAUUGUUCUUUAAGUGGAGGAGGAAAAGAAAAGAUCAGAGUGAGACUUUAGUGUUAACUUUUCCUCAAAAUGUUUGCUUCUCCACAACAAUCGUAGGAAUGAGUUGGCUUAGUGUCUGCGGGGAGUCCAGCCACACAUAGGCCGGUCUCUUGAUGCCACAUGAAAACAUAAAAGUGUCUCGGCGAAGAACUGAUGAUGUGAGCACAGAGCGAGCUGGGACGCCGAGCUGAAGCCUCGCCGGGCUGAGUUCUGCUGACACACCUGAUGUGGGAAAAUAAACUUUCAGUCAGACGAUUUCGGGAGUUUUACGGGUUUGGGCGCUGAGAGAAAAACACUUGCUUUGUUUAGUGUUAAGUGGGGAAGCACAACUUUUACUUUUGUUGCAAAAAAAAAGGAGCCUAGUAGAUGAUCUAGCUUGACAAAAAAUGUUUUGUUUAUAAAGACUGGAAUGUGCUGGAAAAGGUACAGUAGUUUAGGUAAAAUAAUCAUUUUUAACAGGUUAGUAUAGUGAGCAACUGAUAAAGGGAGGGAGGCCCAUCGAGAUAGGUCAAGUGUACAUGUGUCCUGUAACGGCUGAAAACUUUUGCUAAAAAGAGUUUGUUACAAAUAUCCGCAAGUGCCUGAAUCCUUCAGAGGAAACCUUAAAGGGAAAAGCAUUUAGAGAGAGAGUUUUUGCCAGAGGACUUACUAAAUACAAUUCACUCUUUUGGAGAUUUAUUUUAUAAGUGGGUAAUUGGCUGAAAUCGUCAAGUGUAUCAAAUACUGUGGGGAGCGAGGAAAGCAGGUUAGAGAUCAUCAGCGUAGAGUGAGAGUUUAGGAACUCUGCCAUGCCGAACUCUGCCUUCAAAUUUGACAUUUCUGCGGAGCGAGAUGGUCAGAGGCUUGAUGGCUAGAUUAAAUAAUAAGGGAGAGAGGAGGCAGCUUUGACGUACACUGAAGAGGAAUCCCACCGAACAAUAGACUGCUAUUAGACCUCUAUUUUUUUUUAGACCUAAUUUCAACCGACUAGAUUCUGGAAUUUAGACGUUGCACUUAAACCCAUUAUUCGAUAACUAUUUAUUUCAAAAAGCAACUGUGAGUGGGAUAACUGAUCUCCAAGUGCUUAACCACAAUAAUUAUGAUAGCGGUUGAGCAGUAGAAUAGAUAAAGCCCAGAUUUAGAUUUGAUCUAAACUUGCUCUAAAUUUAGACAUCUACAAAACUUUAUUUUUUGGACCUGUGGUAGCUUGAUUUUAGACAAGUUGUCUUGGGAACAUUUAGACGUCUAUUAGACCUCUUUUAGACCAAAAAGUGCUCAGUGGGGUGGGCUAGGAAAAGUUACCAUUAGUACGUAUCAUUGCAGUUGGGUAUGCAUCUAAAAGUUGUAUCCAGGAUAUGAACUUUGGAUGAAAGCCAAAUUUUUCUAAAAUAAAAAACAGGUAGUCCCAUUCUACCCUGUCAAAAUCCUUCUCUGAGUCAAUAGAUACCACAACUUCUGGGGUGUUAGAUGGGGACGAGUAUAUGAUGUUGAGUAAUCUCCUAGUGUUAAAGAAUUAGUGACAACUUUUACUUUGACGGAAAUAUCUCUCAGGUUCCAUAUUCAAGUUUGAGGUUUUUAGGAUAUUCCCCAAACGUCACAAUUUCACAAACACACAUGAACAAGUGGAGCAGGCGGCGAUGCAGAGGGUUUGUUUUAAUCCUCUUAAGCACUGGCAGUUACUGCAGAACAAGGAAGCGUUGUUCUCGCGUGUAUUUGCUCAUAGUCUGGGAGCAAACGCACACACAGGGUGUUCUUGGCUACAAGUGUUCCAGGGUUACAUCAUGGCUUUUUUACAUAGUUAUGGAAAAUGACCGACCACAGACACGAUCCAGUCUGACGCAGAUGGCUCCGGAGUUUGACAUUUUGUCAGAGGGUUAGACUCAUUUGGAUCAGGACAAUGGUGCACAGUACACACACACACACACACACACACACACACACACACACACACACACACACACACACACACACACACACACACACACACACACACACACACACCGUUAGUCAUGUUGUAGUCUAGCGGGAUUCUCAUGUAGCCUUAAAACUGCAAACAGCCUUAUUAGAAAAACAAAGGACAUGAGGAAGAAAAGGACGUCUUGUCUGUUAUUUACCAAAGCUUGAGACUACACCAUGAUGAAACCGCUCUGUAAUAAUUUACAGUUAAUUGAACCUCUGCCAGAUAAUGACUAACGUAUUGUUUCUACUGGUUUCACUCCAUUAAGUGCAGUUUGCUUCAUGUUGCGCUAAAUUGCUGGGACAAAAGCCUUAAAAGGUCAAACUCAUUUUAAAGCAGCAGCAAAACAAACUAAAGAGAUGUUAAAAAUCUCACAGCCUGAGGAAGUUUAUGUUUACACAAAAUCCUGCGAAAGACCGUGAACCAAUUACUGAGCGAACAAAUCAAACCCAAACAUAUCUCUGCAUGACUUCCUCUGCUCCUCUCAUUUCACUGAUCAGUGAGAUUUGACUAAUUCUGCACUCAUGUUCCCGCUCUGGUCUCUCUAAUUUCCUCCUGUUUAUGUUUUUUUUUUUUUUUCAGUGCGUCAGGAUCCUCUGCUUGGAGCUAGUGAGAUGUUCAACAGCUUCUUAAGGAAAGCACAGCAGGUUGGUACUGAUUCUGUGUCUCCUCGCCCUGCAUCCGGCUGGUGACUGUGCUCAGCUCUGUAGUCAGCAGGCCUGCUGUGACCUAGCAGGGCGUGCUCCUUGAACCAAAAGGCUGAUGUGGUAAUUUCUGCUCAGCCAGUAAUCAUCCGUGCCAGUGCGGUCCAAAGAGGUAGCUGUCUUCUUUAUGUUUGUCUCAGUUUAUCCCGGGUCAUGUCAUCCCUGCCGGUAAAGAAGACGAUUUAACCGCGUCUGAUUAGGUUUGGCUGAGCAUGCAGAAACGUGUAAGUGAUUACAUCAUGUAGCAAAGCCUGAAAGUGAGGUAAAAGCAGCAGUAUUUGGCUGCGAUAAAGCAGCAUCAUGUGUGGGAGCUGCUUCAUCUUGAACUAUUGUAGUAUUAAAAAGUGGAAAACAUGAUUCAUUCCUCCGUGUUUGCCAAAAAGCUUUCUGCAGGACUAAAAUUGUAAACAGAUAUUAGCUGGAGAAGGCAGUGCUGUGAGAAGAGAGGAGAAAAGACAGUUUCAAACGGGGGAAGUGUUGAUGACUUAAUCAGACCAGGUACCAUGGUCGAUUUGUCAUCAUUCAUCCUGUGACCUGCGCUGCCAGAAGAGCCGUAAAUCCAAUAACCUUCAUGGACAGAUUCAUCUGUCUGCAGCUACAUCACACCAAUUCUUGCCCUCCGCCUCCUGCUCCUGUCUUCUCCUGUCAUCGGAGUCUGUGUUCAGCCCCCCCUCCCUCACAGCUCUGCAUGCAGAAUAGGAGAUGAGUUACCACCCUGCGCUGUCAUGUCACCUGCACCUUUGGUGUUGUCAGGGACUUCCUGCUGAGGGAGCAGGGAUGAUCAGGGAUGAUUGAGCAGACGUGGUGAGGGUCAGGGUUUGAGUUUCACCCUCUUCAAUAUCACCUUCAAUUUAGAGGUUUUCAAUAUUACCAACUCCUGGCAGAUGGUUUAUUUUCCUUAUUGGUUAUUCAUGGAUUUUUAGGGGUAUUUGCUCUACUGCCUGCCGUGUUCAGUUAUGGAUACACAGAAGAGCAAACAUCAUUACUAAUAAAUACAGCACUCUAUUUGUGUUAGAGAUGUGCCUGUAAAACACAUGAAUGAAAGACUACAGAUGUCAUACUUUGAUAUGCUGAUGAUAGGAAAAUUAAUUUAACACAAUUUGACUGACUUAUUUAUUAUUUUUGCCUCCUUUUUUGUUUAAAAAGAAACACAUUUUGGAUCAUAGCUUCUCCGUUUCAAUGUGUUUUGUAUCCUAAUGGAAAUUUUAAAUCAAGUUAAAGCAGCUAUGACCAGGUGAGUCUUAAACCUGGAUUUGAAUUCACUGAGGGUCUCUGAACAUCAGACACUUUCCAAACUGAACGGUGCUUCUCCAUGUUUGGUUCUGACUCUGAGGACAGAACCUAGACCUGCACCAGAUGACUCGAGCACCCUGGAUGGUUCAAAAAUCACUGAUGUAUUUUGGACCUGGACCAUUCAGUGUUUGUUCUUAGACCAGCAGCAGGAUUUUAAACUCUAUUCUUCGACAAGCAGGAUGCCAGUGUGAAGACCUCAGAACUAGACUGAGGCAGUCCACUUUCUUGGUCUUGGUGAGGACUCUUGCAGCUGGCUUAUUGAGUAUUCAGGGAAACCUGCAGAGUCACUGUUACAGCAAUCAAGCCGACUGAAAAUAAAUGCAUGGAGCAGUUUUUCCAGGUCCUGCUGGGACAGAAGUCCUUGAAUCCUGAAGUACUCUUCAGGUGGUGGGAGGCUGACUUUGUCGUCAUCUCUGUGGUCUGAUGCUGUUUUGUACGUGGCAUUAAAAUCAUCCCAAUAAAAUAGAAAUUGAAGUAAUAACUAACCCCCCACCCACCCAGGUCCACACUUUUCCCACAUCUUUGAAUAAGCUUGAUACUGCUGACUCCAGUCUUGACCUCAGACUAUACACAGCUGCACUGGGAAUGUUUUUAUCAACAGGAGUACAUUUGAUUAUUUCUGCCCCUGCAUGGCAGGUCCAUAAAGACUUACCUCCUCCAUGACCAGCCUACUUUUUCCCCUGCCCGUGUGACCCAGUCAAGUUUUUGUUGUUGUUGAUCAAGAAUGAAAACAAGUACUGUAGCUUACCCGUGAAGCUGAUGGAAAGCCCGCUCUAUUUUGUGUCGUUCUGCAGGAGACGCAGCAGAUUCCCACAGAAGAAGUCGCUCUAGACAUCUGCCUCUCCAACGGUCAGAAGGUCACAGUCAACAUCCUGACUUCAGAUCAGACGGAGGACGUCCUCGAUGUAAGUGCCGAAGAGUAGUCUGCUGAAAAGUACACAAACAAGCUGUAUCAGCCGGUAGGCCAACUAGUGUAUCAUUUAUACAGGUUUGUUACUCACUUUGAUAAUAAAAACACACAGACUCAACAGGAGCUCAUAGUGACCCACUUAUUAUGAGAGAUGUUGAGAGCAGGUUAUAAAGUCAUCUUUAUGGAGCUAAUAAAACUGUGUUUAUCACUGGAAAUGACAUACUAAGCACUUAUUGACUCUGACGGUGGCCAGAAGUCGAGAUAAGUUCACUGUCUGAGUUCAUUUACCCUUAACAGUAUUUGUGUCAGUGUAACAGGACAUAUUUGAUCUCCAUUUCUCAUAACCGACUUCCUCUAUCCCCCACAGGCCUGUCAUACUGUUACAGGCUCCUUUCAUACUGAGAUACAUAAUCAGAUGCAAUCAUAUUUAUUUGAAUGUACCAUCUUCAUAAAGGAAAUAGAGGUUUAUAGGUAUGUGGGAGGGUUUAUUUACCUGAACAAAAAAAAAAAAAAAUCAAAUAAACUUGUGAACACCUGCAAUGCUAGAACCAAACGAGGAUUAAAUGUAAGGUUACUGAACAAAAACACAAUAAACCUUGACUGACCUUUUUGUGAGUUUUCUGAAGGUCAGGUAGCAGCUAUGAUGUAACCUUUUAUUACGUUUUCUUCACCCCUUCUAUAAUUGACUGUAACCUCACACAGUGUAAAGAAAGCAGAGCUGUAAACAUGCUCAUGUUCCUUCAUGGUAUCCUCUAAUGGCUCUUGGCUAUAAGUCAAACUUCUUCAAACUUUCUAAUGAAAGUUUAACUACAGUGAGUUCACUUCAGUUCACCUGAGCAGGUGUCAAAGUCUGACUAGAGAGGAAAAACAGUGCUGCUUGAGGACUGGGCGGUGUUUCAGAAAACAGAUGUUGCUCUGAAAAUAAAAGAUCAAAGAUGAGAACUUGUAGUAAAGCAUUUGUUUUUUCUUCCAAGCACAGAAGAAGACUGUUUUUUUUUUUUUAUUAACAUGACAGUUAUGCCUUGAGUGAUUUGGUGAGAGGUGGUAUUUAUUUUUGUGCCUCAAAUGAAAUGUCUCAAUUACAUUUCUUUAGCUGUCUUUCUAAAAGAUAAAAAAGUUGAUUUUGUUUAAUGUUAGUCAGAAAUUUUUUGGCAUUAUUUUAUUCGUGUUACAGUGUAAAGAAUAAAAUCAUAGAAAUAAAAGUCACACAGCAAAAAAAGUUUAUUUAUUUAUUUUUUUUCAACAAUCUGUUUAUUGAUUUUUCAACCAUAACAAAAAUAGCAGGAACAUUACGUAAGCAUGAAUGUCUGUGAGAGUCCGUUUAAAAAAAAAAAUAUUCAUAUAUAAAAACAAAGUAUUUGCAAAUGUUUAAGGAUGAUGGCUCGAACAUACUGUACAUAAUAAAUAUUCAAGAUAAAUUAAGAUAAAUGCUUUUAAACAUAACCAUAUAAGUAAAUAAAUAAAUAAAAAUAAUAAAACAUAUCCUGCAUGAUUAAACAAUGUCAACAGAGAAGAUAAAAAAAAAUAAUAAUAAUAAAAUAGUAAAAUAUAUCCGUCAAGAUUAAACAAUAUCAACAGCAAAGAUAGAAAAUAAAUAAAUUAAUAAAUAAAAAAUAGUAAAACAUAUCCUGCAUGAUUAAACAAUAUCAACAGCAAAGGUUAAAAAAAUAAAUGAACAAUUUCACCAUGGAGGCAACUCCUAAAAACCUACAUUGUUGCCAUAAGAUACUUUUGAAAAUAUCAGUAAAAAAUUAGUUCAAUUUUUUCAGUGGAGGUAAUGACUAAACUCCCCUGGCUAUGUCCAAUAUGCUGGAGAAGUCCGUGUCUAAUUGUCAGUUCACCCUUUAAAUCAUUUUUCCAUGCUCUAAAAUUAAGUCAACAACAAAUUGUACACUUCUGAAACAAUUCCCCUACCAAAAGGGUUCUUACUUACUAACUUUCUCUAAUAAAGAUAAAGAAGGAAUGUUGAUGACUUGCUUUUGAAAAGAACCAACAAAGCAUUUCAGCAAACAAGUUUAUUCCAAAGUUGAAGUGUUCAAUUUUUUUUUCUAAAGCUUCCUCCAGCUCAACUGAUCACUUUUCAUCCUGUUUUCAAACUCUUUAAAUCCAUGUCAAGGUUUUCCCUGAAUAAGAAAUUAAAUAAAAGGAUAAUUUCACUAAACUUGAUUGUAAACUGUCUUUCCUAUCACUCUCCAGGCUGUCGCAACAAAGCUCGACCUUCCUGAUGACCUGGUUGGUUACUUCAGUCUGUUCCUCGUCAGAGAAGGUGUGGACGGAGGUUUAACAUGUAAGUCACAGCACCAGAGGAUAGCAAAGAUCCGAGCCAAAAAAUGUUGGAUUCACUAUUUUAUACAGUUAAUUAUUUAUGAAAAAUGAAGAGGGAAAGAGAGCACAGUGAUUUACCAGAGGAGAAAACCCAUAAUUAAAUGCUGCUGGUUAUUUCGAGUCAGGCUGGUGUUUAUGUUACUGACAUUUCAGUUGUUUUUCUUAAACUGCUACAGCAGGAAACCAUCAGAUAAAUAGUCUGCGUUGUAGCAGAAACUAAAUGUGCAGUUGAUAAGACGGUAUGAUUCAAACUGCUUUAUCAGGCCAGCCAAUGACCAGCCUGCAAAUUAAACACGCACAAAUAACACAGAACUCAGAGGACAGAUAUUUCCUACAAUCAGGGACACAAUUAUGUACAGUCAUUUCAUGCUCAUAGUUCUAUCUUUCGCUCUAAAUUUCCCUAAAUGAAGCGUGAAAGGUUUGCUUUGGCAUCAGUCCAGCAACUCAGUUAAUCUGCCUCACUGUUUGGUGAUUCAUUCUCCUUUAAUUAAGAGAGAAAAACUGCACAACCUGUUGCGGCUUAUAUUUGAGUUCUGACUGUAUCUUUGUCAAGCAGCCCGAGUGUGUACAUAUGUUUAUGAAUGUGUACAUGUCAGCGUCCGGACAAAGCAGUUGUGUUGUCAUUGUUUAUAGUGGUGUGAUCUGGACACCACGCUGUAGGGCUGCACGAUUAUGGCCAAAAAUAGAAUAGUAAAUUUUUUUCUCUCAAGACUCGAUUUUUAUUUCAAUUAUGCAUUCAGUGGCAACUACACCAAACUCCAUUAAAAAAAGGUUUUUUUUUAACAUCUCUUGAAACCAAAACCACUGAAAACAAUGUAGUGCACAUGCCACACCAGUAAGUGGCGCUGUUACGUUGCUUAGGAAUACACAAAAGACAGAAGAAGAGUACGGAGCAUGCAUUUAAAGGUUGUUGUAGCAGAACACACCCGAAAUGCCAUUUCCGUGUGAAUGAAACGCCAUUACGAGAAAAAACUUUUGCAUUUACUCCUGAAUUCGUUUCCGUGUGGACAGGUUGAUAUCACCUUCAGACAGACUUAGCAGCAGGGAGUGGUUCGCUCUUCGUCUGAAACUGUCGUACCAGUUCCAGACUACUGACUUGUUCUUGCCCUAUUUAGCCACGAAAUUAUCGCCUUCUUUUGCAAACACCAUGUUUGUUUACACUGGUGUGUGUGGGAAUUGGGAAGCGCCCCCAUAAGAAGGGGGAGCCUACAGUGGCCUGGAGGUGCAAGACAUGAUAGAGGGGAAAAUCGAUUUGACGAUUUUAAUUUUUUUAAGGUCAUAAUCAAAUAAUCUGAUUACGGAUUAAAAAUAGAUUAAUUGUGCAGCCCUGCAUGCGGCUGUGUUCUGAGUGUUUUUGUUGUGGUUGGAGCGUUAUCAGUCUGGGAACUGUGUCAACUACAAAAUCAUGACGACGUAAUUUCUGCAACUAAUUCAUCCGACUGUUUCGAGUGUUUCAUCCUUAAUAUGUAAGUGUAGACUAAAGAUGCUGGUAUUGAUUGGAGAAUGUGUUACUGCUUGAGAUAAGCACGCACCAGUACAUUUUCAAAGGGAUUUCAUUAAGUCUUCAUAAACAACUCUGGAAUAAAACAGUGAUUACUUUAAAUUAACUUUGUUUGUCUGUGUGCAUGAAAGCGGUUCUUUUCCAGUGUCUGUUGAAUUUCUGCACACGCACACUCACCUGAGCGUUUGCAACAAGAGUAUCAUUAUGUCACCCUACAGCAAUGUGAAAGACGAGUGACGAGCAUGAGUCUCUGAGCAUCUGUUUUAAUUACAGAUGCAUGAAUGUAAUUAAAACAGUCUAUUUCAUCUGGAAAAUAAUGACUGAAUUCUCGCUGAGUUAAAACACAAGUAUUCUCUUUGAAAAAUCCUGUAUCUUUUUGUUAUCCUAAGCAGCCAUCAUUUUUUGCAAACAAGAAAAAAGUGAUUUGACUUUGAAGUUGGGAAUUUUUGAGAGAUGCUGCACUCACGAAAACCAAACAGAAAUGUUAAUUUCACUCAGACACACAACCCUUUUAGAAGUAGAGCCAGAGGAAAACAUAUUUCUGCAGUGGUCUGUUAUUGAGCGUGAUUGCACGUAAACAUUUUUCUAUUUCUAGCAGGGCUGUACAAACCUAAAGCCUCCCAUAUGACUCAUGAAAAUUCCUCCUACUGGAGAGCUGCAACAUCAUAUAUAAAAAGGAAAUAGAGAAAUAGUCUUCAUUUUCUGGAAACAGAAACCACAGUGUCAGAUUGGCACACAAGAACCAUAGGAAUAUCUUUAUAUCAUGAUGCAAAUGUAUGUAAAGUUGGUUGUUUCAUCCUGGUUUCUAAUCGAGACUUAUGUGGUCACUCACUGCAGUCUUUUGCAGUCUCUGUAUAAGCUUAAUUUUUAACACCGUAGAUUGCUGCUUGCUGAAAACUGACAUUCACAGCAACUAAUCAAAAUCUACAUCUACUAAGUCCUCAUUGAAAUGCCUCACGUUUGUGUUUGUAGUUUUGUAAAAUUUCAGAUUUUUUCUCAUUAUUCUGAAGGAUUGAAACCCUUAACUUCUCAAAGUAGCGCUCAUUUGUUCACAUACUCUGGUUUACCUCUAAUUAAUCUCUGAAAACUGAAAUCAUAUCACAGUGUUUUUUAACAGUUCUAGUUGCAUGAAUAAAACGUCUUCAGAUGACUUUCCACGUUCCUUUUUUUUUUUUUCCAUUUCAUCACAGCCCUCCCGGGUCACCAAAGUUCUCUUAUUCCUCUACUCCACCUGCCAAACACUCCCCCACUACUCACGCCAAAUCCCAGGCAGGCUUAAAAACUCUGCCAGGUGAACCUGAAGGAAUCCGUAAAUAUUGUAGGCAUGUUGUAUAUUCUUGGUACGGCUUGAAUCUGAAACUCUGCGCUGUUUGAAAGAGAACAGCCAUGUGUUGAAUAUGACUCGACUGCUAGAGUAAAUCCGGCGCAGCAGGCCGCGGAUCAAACAAAACUGGUGGGAGUAUUGACACGACGGGAUAGCUAUGGGAAUUCAAUCCUUCCCUGACAGGCAGCAACUUUUCCACAAGUCUGGGUGUAAAUCAAUACGCGAUGUAAAAUAUGCAAAGACACGUGAAGAAGAAGCGGUUUGAAAUAGCUCCCCGGCUCCUCUUCUACACAUUUUAUGUCUUCUUUGAUGGAUUCCUGCUGAUUUAGAUUGCUUUAAAAACGUUUAAGGCGUCCAUUUAGUGUCUACUUUUCAUCCCUGCAGAGAUUUUUCAGACAUCAAAGUAGCCAGCGUGUUCUUCCUAAGCAGCAUCUGGGCUCAUAAAGGAGUAAAAAUCCUAUUUUGAACCUGAUUACAAACUGAAGUGCUGCUCAGCCAUCAGAUUUGUAGUGUUGUGCUCAUUUGUUGAUGCCUAGAAGCCUGGCAGCCGCUUCGCUAAGCACCUGGGAUCUCCUUCACUCACCUUCGGGAACAGGACGCAGUGAAACAGCUGCGGAUUAGGGACGAAGACACACAUGCACACACACAUGCACGCAAGCAUGGUGCCCAUUAUGUUUUUUUUACAUUUAAAUGCUCACACACACACACACACACACACACACUCAAACACACUCACACAAGUCUCAGCCCCCUGGGACCUGUCCAGAUGGAGCUUGCCUUCCUUCAUUGUUUGCUGUUGCCAUCAUUAUCCAAAUGUCCUUGGGACUUCACUGCAACUGUUUCUUACCCCUCCUUUCUUUCUUUCUCUAUCUUUUUCUCUCAGUUGUACGGAAGCUGCAGGAGUUUGAGCUGCCUUAUGUAUCCAUCACCAGCUUGCGGAGCUCCGAAUUUCACAUAAUCCUGCGGAAAAGGUACCCACCACCUGCUCGCAUCAUGACUUAGGCCUCGCAGCACAUUGUUCCUAAAGCGCUCUCCUCCACAUGUAAUUAUAGCGGUGAUUCAUCGCCUUGAGUAUUCAUGUGUUAUUUAUCUAAUGCUGUGAAAAAGCGCGCCAAGUGUUUAUGUUUCUGUCAGCAGUAACACAAACUGCGUCUGCUGUGUCUGGCAUAAAUUGAUUCGCAGAGGCCAGUUUCAAUUUGCCAUUCUAGUUGUUGCUCAGUUUAUGUAAUAUCCGCUGAGGCACUCAGUCGUUAUGUCUCAGGGCUGUCGGCACGUUUAUCUGACUUUACCAUCAUCUACAAAGUGCCCGUUAAUUUAAAAUAGAGACUGAAGUCAUUCAAUGAACAUGUUCAUUUCUGGAAAGAGGAUUGUUAUCUGUCAGGAAAAAUCAGGGAUCACAAUGGGUCAGGAAUCUGAAAUCUGAUCAUAUUAAUCUGAUUUGUAUCACGUCGGUUAAAGUAGUUUUGAACCCUUUAUCUCAUUGAAAGUUGUAAAUGUUUAGGCCCCCUGCAUGGCUCCACAUGAAAAACAGACAUGACUCUACUGUGGCUGUUGCUACCUGAUCCAUCCCGGAAACCCAAUUUGUACUGCACAUGUGCGAAACGUAUGUCACUUCCUCUACUCACCAUCUUUGUGACAGCUCAGCAAUUCUUUGCCCCGAGCGGUUUGCGACUUCUUCAACACUUGUUGCUGCUUCAGUUUAUCACCAGCUACACGCUUUUCUCCUGAACGGAGCGCUUUCCCUAACUGAGGUGCCGGAAAGUCAAGAGAAUGGCGCCCAAUUUCACGGUUAAAGGUUUCUACUCCUAGUUUAACAGUAAAAUUGCAGCGUAGCCAUAAAAGGCUUGAGUGAAUGUGAAUAUCUCAGUGUUGAAAUUGAAACGCUGUAUACAAACGUGAAAAUUCAUUGUCCAUAAUGUGUAGGCUUCUUGUUAAUUAAUUUAAUUUAUAAGGUAAAUGAAAUAAAUACUUUAAAAAAAAAAAAGGGGUUAAAUAAAGAUACUCGUUAUGUGUUUCAUACAUACAAGUCAGAGAACCAUGCUAGGCAGGAGCUCCACCGAAUGCCUUGGCAUUAGCCCUUUAGCCUCCUGCUAACUAGCCUGUCACAUCGCCAGCUGGUUUUUGAUAUUGAUCGGUAGUUUAAAUUAAGUUUUUAAGGUGACAUGAGUUUGCAUUUGCGCAGUAUGGAUCCAGUAGGUAGCAAUAGUUGCCAUAAAAUGUGUUGAAAUACGAGGAGAGGAAGUGACGUUUAGCACAUGCGCAGUACAAAUCGGGUUUCCGGGAUGGAUCUUGUAGCAAUAGUGGCAAUCACCCCAUGCACUCAUCAUCACUUUUCAAAAAAACAUUGUUUGUAAGCACAGUUCACUAUUGCAUCCACAAAUACAGGUUAAAACUAUACUGUGCAAAGAAAAAACCAUGUGUAGGUGUGAUCCAGUAAUGCCAAAGACUUCCUGAGUCUGUUAAAGAUGGACUGAUGGGAAGUGGAAAAAGAGCUUCAUAUGAGCCCAUGGCCUUGGUAGCUCGUGUAUCUGCUGGGAAGGCAUCAUUAAUGCUGAACAAUGUUUAGAGGCAGAGCAACAUCUGCUGCCAUCCAGACGUUUUCUGUGGAGACCUUGUAUAUUUCUGCAGAGCAAAUCCAAAUCACACGCUGCAUGUAUUACAACAGCGCAGCUCACUAAUGAAAGAGUCCUGGGGCUAAACUCACCCGCCUGGAGUCCUGAUACGUCCCCCGUUCAAAACCUUUGACAUAUUAUUAAGCAGCUGAAAUCCUGAGAUGGAGCAACAAUGCCCCUGUCCAAACUUUUUCAAUCCUGUUUUGACAUUUCAUAUAUUCAGAUCUCAUCAUUUGCAAACCACCAAAUUCUGUUAUUAUUCACAAUUUAACCCAAGUGUCCUGACUUUUUAAAAUUGGGGUGUGAUUAUCUUGCAAGUUUAACUAUCUCUUUGUGAAAGCUGCAAAAACCAACCAACUUUGAAAUGACUCACAGAUCCUUGGUUUAAUUUGAUUUGAGUACAUUUUGCAGAUCACAAAAGAGUGAAAUUCUUCAUUCCAGCUUUUGUGUCUGAAUAUUUUCUGGUUGAUUUAUCCUGUAAAGACAAGAAACUUUUUCAUUUGGGGUACCAUCAAAACAAGACAUGGGGAAAAAAUCCAACUUAGUUUUUAUUGUUAUUCAUUUCUAAACAAAUAAAGGUGUUGAUAACCACUAAGUGCUUAAAAAUGUAAAGCAAAAACAAGGAAAAUUCCAGCUUGUUUUGAACAAUACAUCCCUGUUAUCUUCUCCUAACUUGUUUUUUUGCCUUUUGAAGGUGAAUAGAAAAAUGCAGUUUGUCACAGGCUGGUACUGGAGGGUGGAGGGUGGGUGGCUCAGCAAAACAGGAACACUGCUCAGAACCAAAAACCUUGUUUUUCACCACAAGCACACACUCGUCUACAAAGCGUAAAAUAUCCCAAAACUUUCCAGCCCCUUGUGAACAGCAGAGCUCAUGUGGUGCAAAUGAACAAUAUUUUCUUUGGCCUGUCAGGAAGUCCUCUGGUUCUCUUCUAUUUGUAGUUUAGUUUUUGUUUAUUGAAAACAGUUUAAAAUGAAAUGGGGGGACACGAGGUCAGGGGCACUUCAGCGAGGAAAUGAGAACCUGUCAGAGAAGGCUGCAAGUCUCCUAAUGUAUGAAAAUCUUUCUGAGCGAGCCUCCCAAACCAAAUCUGGUAAACACUGAUCUCACCCCCCCACCGAGCAGAGCCUGGGGGUAGCUCCCCUCUUCAGAGCUCUAUUUCUCUUCUUCCUCACAUGUCGUCACCCAGCCUCCUGCUGACUGAGGUACACAGGAUGUUUACUUUCUUUCUCCCUGAAGGAAAGUCUUAGUCCUCCUGACCUAGUUUCUCUGAGGAGUGUGGAGCAGCGAGGGAAGAAUAAAUGUAGAACUAACAAGUGAAGGUGGAGGAAAAACAGACCCCCAGUGUACCAGAUCCAGGAGGGGGAUCGGGGUCAGAGUGAAUGGGAAAGCUGUUUUUCUGGCUAACAGUGCACGCCAAAAAUGGAGGAAAUCUUAUCUUUGUCCCAGGAGACCUUGAAGUAGAACUAUUUCCCCUUUAUUGUUUGACCAAAUUCCUGAAAUCAAACUGAAUAAAGAGUCAAUCUGAGAGGAAUUCUGGGGCAACAGCAACAUGCAUGCAUAUCUGAAAUCAAUAUUUUUUCUCUCUUAUGGAGCAAUACACAAUGUUGGAUCUUCAAAUUUAUAUGUUCAAACUCAUUUUGGUUGAUAUUGAUACCGGUACAUAUAUAUUAUACAAGAACGCCAAGAACCAGACAAACAGGAUUUGAUUCAAACAUGGAUGAUAAACGUCCAGUUUUUAAAUAUAGACAAACAGUAAUACAUCUACUGUCUUAUUGUUAACACUUUAAAACAUGCCAGCAUAAGUAUGUUGUCAUCACCUGCACAUAAUUAAUACAACAUCCCCAUGGCCGAUAAUAAUGCUACGUUCCAGUUGUACUCAGAAGUCGGAAUUUCCAAGCUCCAAGUCGGAAAUACAUCUGGAACACACCCCUGAAGUUGGAUUUCAGACUCGGAAAGUUGAAUGAUCCUCACCGACCCCGACUUGACGUCAACGUCAUAAUCCAAGAUGGCAGCACAGUGCAAUGCUAAUAAUGUAUUAUUUAUUAGCACUUCUGUUUUGUUUUUGUGAAAUUAAAUAAGUGGUAUAUGUUGUGCUGCCCAACAUCUAACUGUGAACACAGUGCUAUUGUGUUUGUAAGAGUAAAAUACUGCAUUAUAUGUUGUUUACAACUGGUAUAGCUAACAACAACUAACAACAGCUGACAAUCCAUCUUGGUUUUCCGACUUGGUAACUGAAACGCUGGUAUCUCGGGUGUGACGUCAUUCCCAGCUCCGAUAUCCGACUUCCAGUUUCUCAUCCACUCGAGUAACUUGGACUAAAGAUUAUGACAAUAACUACAACAAACACCCUUGUUUCCAUGAUGACAGCAAAACGAUGACAAGGUCAAAUAGGUUAAGAAAUGCUGAGGAAUAAAGGUUUUGUUUUCAUCAAUAAGAGGAUAACGCAAUGAAAAUAUUUGAGGGGGACCAUCAGGCUUUAAAAUCUAUCGUAUUUUCUCCUCUGCGAUUCUCAUCCCUCACCUAAAAUCUCAGCUUUUCAUUCCUUUCUUUUGGAGGUUAAUUUUAUCACCUUUCUGGAACAAGUGCACCAUCGAUACAGAUCCCCUCUGCCUUUACACAGCUUCCUUAUUUUGAUUCCUAAACUUCUCCUGAUGCACGGUGAUAACAAAGAGACAACCAGCUACCAGGGUGACUGAGGUUUUUUUGCUGCAAGUGCAGCUCCAAAACUAACACUGGCACCGAGGCCCUUUGUGUGAGGUGGCUUCCAUGUUUUCAUUUGCACUGAAACUGAAUUCAGGCUAUUUCUGAGUAACAGUAUGAAACCAGCGUCUGUAAAAUAAAGGGAUUGUACUCUCCAAGGCCAGUACUCUGCCCCCCAGCUGCAGUCUCCUCCAUCCUCCCUUUGUUCUCCUACCACACAUUUAAACCAUGUUUCGAUGUAAUCCCACAUCUGAUCCUCUCUCUGUAAACUGAAUUCAUGCAUUUUUCCAGCGUCACGCUCCACUCUUCAGGCUGCCCUCUAGCACCCACACAUCUCUGCGCACAGGCGUACCAGCAGUAGCCUCUAAUAGAACCACAGUGCUGCCCCAGAAACCACUCUCACUAACAUCCCCGUCAGCAGGACAACUGUCAGGGAGAUAAAUGGCUGAAAUUAGGGCUGGGCGAUAUGGGAAAAAAUCACAAUAAAUUUUUUUCAUGUCAGUCAAUAUCGAUAUAUAUCACAAUAUAAAAAAAUCACUUGUCAAUCUUAAAUGUUCCCUGUUACUCUUAAAUGAAAUUUAACAGUGCUAAUUGGUAGCACGUCUUUUGCAACACAAUAAGCUACUGCAUCUGUGAGGUCUUUGUGUCUGUUUGACGUCGUAAGCCGUUGCGCUAGAGAAAGCGAAACGGUCGGCUGUUUCAGCUGCACAGGUGCCAUGGGCUCCUUGCUCCUACUGGGGUUUGUAACUUAUGCAUUGCGUGUACUCUGCCACAUGGCACUGCUUCAGGCGGUGAAAAAGAUUUGAGGUAUCCCCUGACUUGACAAGAACAUGUACUCGACACAAUUUGCAGUGCACAUUACUCUGCUUCAUGUCCAACCUCAAAAAAAACAAAAUCCCUCCACACCACUGACGUUUUCGUGCCAGUGUUGUCGACGAUGUCAUCAGUGUCAUCAACCAUAGCUUGCAUGUAGCUGCUGCCUGCUACUACACAGUUGUUUGCUGGUUGGUUUUAAUGUAACACAUGAUUGGUUCGGCGCGAAGCUGACCCAGAGCAACUCCCGUUUUCAUUGGCUAUUCAUAAAGUUUACUAAAACAUGGCUGAAUGCCGUCUAUUGAAAAGCAUAUUGACCUUGUUUUACAUUGAUAUUGAGGGAAAUUAAUUUUCAAUAUAUAUCGUUAUCAUUUUAUCGUCCAGCCCUAGCUGAAAUGUAUGCCUGCCCACCACCUCAUUGACAAACAGUUAGCAAAAUUUGCCUCUAAGUCCCUUGGAUCUGAAAAGCUCAGGUGAUGAUGUGUGUGGUUGUAACAGAGUGGUAUUAAAUACUUAAAUGGAUUAGCCAGAUUUAGGCAGUUUAUUAAGUGACGGGAACCUUUUGUCAGUGUUGUAAAAGCAUUUUUUAAGAGACUGAAGAGCUUAAUGUUGGAUUCAACUAUUUAAAAAGACGAGUAAAGAUGGUCGUUUCUUUCUGCAGCUACUGGGACAUGGCGUAUGACAGCGAUGCCAUGGACAACCGAGUGGGCCUGAAUCUGCUCUACGCACAGGUAAGAGGCUACAUUACUUGUAUGUGCUUUUCCGGCAGCCAAAGUGGUCUUAAAAACACCACAGUCCCUCUUGGGAUGCCAAAGCAAACAGCAGAACUGGAUUUAAACACCAUGGUGUUUGUUUACAUCCAGCUCCUGUGUGUGUGUUGUAUCAAGUUUGCCCGACACCAGCAACAAGAAAAGCUAAAUCAAGCGCCGCUCCGAGCCUCCAAAUGCUUCUGUUCAUCCCGCGGGUCCCUCUGUUCUCUGAUUGCGGUGUCAGCUUGUUCUGACUUUGCAACACCUUGACUCUCUUUGUGUUCCCUCGUGAUCCUGUUAGCAGCACUUCGCUUUUUUGCUGCGACAUCCGUGAUCUGUUGUGUUAAGCAGUUUCCUUUUUUUUCGCUUUCCGGGGCUGCAAGUUUGAUUAAAAUCUAUAAAUGCUGAGUGCAGCCUGUGCGUCACAUAACGGAGGGUUUUAAAAAUGGAAAUCAAAGGAGGAUAAACAGCAAGCAUGUGCAUGUUUCUGUGUAAUUAUUUGCUGAUCCGAGCUGUUUAAAUCAAAGGCUUGGGGUGGGAUUUUUUUCCCCCCUUGUCUCCGAACACAGCACAGAAACCUGCUCCUGCUUUGUUUUGUUAACCUGAGCUGGAAGAUGAAUCCGCUUUUUUUUCUGUUUUGCUUCUUUAGACAGUGUCUGACAUCGAGAGAGGCUGGAUACUUGUCAACAAAGACCAGCACCGGCAGCUCAAAUCACUGCAGGAGAAAGGCUCCAAGAAAGAAGUAAGCAGUCACUCUGCCUCGACAGUGAACACAGCUCCUGCACACGAGGGUCUUUGUCCAAGGAUGAAUAUGUAGAGAGUGGGGCCUGGAGUGCAGUCUUUGAUGCAAUUAGCCCAGUUUUCCCCCCUGAUAUGAAUUUUUAAUAAUCCAACAGAGAAUUCAAACUUCUUCUCCACGGGAAUUAAGUUUUUUAAAAACAGCAUUCCUGUGCAUUUCCCUCCAGUUCAUCCACCUAGGUCAGACUCUGAAAUAUUACGGCUAUAUCAAGUUCGACCCUUGCAUCACCGACUUCCCAGAGAAAGGCUGCCAAGUCAUCGUCAGCGCCGGCAACAACGAGCUCAACUUCCACGUCAAGCUGCCCAACGAACAGAUGAAGGAGGGGAGCUUCAAGGUGACGCGCAUGAGGUGCUGGCGAGUCACGUCUUCAGUAAGUGGAACUGUGUGUCUGUCUGAGAGAGAGAGCGAGAGCUGAUUCACCUUCAAGCAUGCCUGUAAUUUCAGAUAAUCAAAUUGGAAUCUCUCCAUAUCGUUAUUAAACUGAGCUUGGCAGAAAAGAGACGGCGGAGCUUCAGGCUGGAGUUGUUUGUUUACAUUCCUCCUCUCACCACUGCGGCAGAGACAAAUGUCUUCAGUCGUGCCAAGCUUUAGUUUUUACACCUACUGCUCAGUAAAUGUGCUGACCUCCACACCAUCCAUCCUCAUCAGUCCAAUAACCCAAACAUACAGCCCACACAGGAUAGGGCCGUAUUGAUCCCCCUGCUUUACACUCACACACACACAAUGAGGUGAAAGCUUCUUCUCUUUGAAUUGAUUAUUGUCUGCUGGCUUGGAGAAAAUCUCACAGGAGGCAGCAGCCACACGGCCUUCGAUUUAUACUCCGCUAAAAGCUAAAUACCAUAAAAAACUAACCGAGUUUGUAGAAUCACAGAGAGACAAAAAGACGGCUGUUCGAUUAUUUCAUGACGCCAGUUUGGACUGUCCUCUUGUCACUGAAACGAUGACUAAACAUUGGCUGUCAGGAGCUAAGCUAAGACUCAGUUUAAAGUCCCACUCCAAUCGGUUUUAAUUAUUUAUUUAUUUUACUACUAAAAGUGUUCUCAGUGGUCUUUGAAUUACAACUGUGAAGUUUUUAGACAAAAUCGCUUUACCUGUGUAAUUUUUAAGGGUUUUUCUUCUGCAGAGCUCAAGUAGCUCAUGAGCAAUUCGCCUCUGAGUUGUGGGCAGAGACAGUGCUGCUUGGCACAGUCUUCUUCACGCUAGCUUGUAGCCUAACAAUGUCGGUGUAGUAGAAGUGGCAGGUAAGAAAGAAGAUAUUCAGCUCUCAGACACUAAUGUCUUUAGGGACAUGAUGAAAGUUAAUAUCGUAAUUAGCUUUCUUACAAACAUUGCAAACUGCUAACACACGCGAUCAUCCUCUGUACUUCUCCGAGUCUGGCCUGCAUAAUGAGGCUCCGGGGGCAGAGCUUGGAUUUGUGACCAAUUCAAUCCAGUCCAAUCCAUUGUAUUUAUAUAGCACAAUUUAAACAAACGCAAGGUUCCCAAAGUUCUGCACAGCAAGAUAAAAAUACGAUAAAUAACACAACGGAAACACAACGAAAGCACAAUAGAUAAAAUAAAAAUAAAAUGACAUGAAACACAGUAAAAUCAAAUAAAAACACGUAACAAAAGACGUGCGAAAUCUCACUGUGUCUGAAUCUGCUGUUUGAGAUUUACAGCAAUUUGAAUGCAGAAAUACUCAGAAAUGCAGUUUCACGCUUAUUUUUCUUAUAUGUCCUGUUGCAUCAGAAAAAUGCCAUGAACUUGUAAACAACAUAAAAACAUUAACAUUAACAGAUUAAUUUGAUAACACUGAUUGAUCGAUUGUGUUCACUCACCUGCUGCGAUUAAAAGUAAAUAAUCCAAUCCCGUGCUCCGCUUAAAAAUCGGAGCAUCAUACUGCUAACACAUUUAUUAUAAACAUUGAGAUGUUCUGUUUACGAACAUUAUCAUAUACAGGGUUUCUGCUGGGUCUUAAAAAGUCUUAAAAUGUCUAAAAUCCAAUCAUUUGAAUUUGAGGCAAUAAAAUGUCAAAAAUUAUCUUAAAAUUUCAUAAAAUGUCUUAAAUACAUAUUUGAAAGGUUUUUAAAAUGUAUUGGUUACUUACAAAUAAACCUUGAUUUGAAGUUAGUUUUAAAGUGUUCCAAUUUCCCUUCAUGUCUUUGUACUUUUUUUUGCCAGUAUGGGUGUAAAAUGGAUCUUAAAUAGUUUUCAUCAUGAUCUUAAAAAAGUCCUAAAAAGUCCUAAAUUUGACUUAUUGAAACCUGCAGAAACCCUGCAUAUACUAACAGCAUUAAAACAGUCACAUAGAAUAAAUUAGAAAAAUAAAUGAACUCAAAGGCAUUUCCUUCAAUUCCAUCUGGUACAAGUUCUGCCAUAUUUUCUAUGUCCGAAUGCUAAAUUUGAAUUCAUUUAAAACUACAGCUGGCAAAAACACACACAUUUCUGGUUUCCACAAAAAGAAUUCUUCAUAAUUACUUCCCAGAAUCUGCAUAAAACUCAGCCCAUCAUGCACCUCACAGUCUGUCUGUGUGAAUCCGUGGUUCUUCUAAAUAGUCAUUUAUUCAAAACGACACAGCAGGACAAGCUAUUUUCCCCGUCUCUGUGCAGCUGAGGGAGGCAUUACAUGCAGCUCCAGCAGCAUCAUUUCAGCGCGUGUCUUAAAAAGAUGAACAUUCGCAGUCACAAGGCCUCAUUUAAAUGGAGAUGGAAAAACAGCUCUGACACUUCUGCAUUGCAUUAGUGUUGGAGCGGCGCAGUCAUUAUGUGAAUCACACAAGCUUUUAGGAUUCUCCACGAGUUAAUUUGCGCAGAGUCGUCGCAGCAGCAUAUCUAAAAUGAAAAUACAGCUCGGCUUGCCUGAUUAUGAACCGAGCCCCCUCGUCGUCCAGCGGGGUGUUUAAUCCCUGUGUGUAUUCUAAGAGGUCAGAGUUAUUUUAAUGAGGCCUUUCCUCUCCAACUAACUAUUCAGAACAUCACUUUUGGUGCAGUGCUGCGGCCCCCCUCGAGGGCCCAUCUGAAAUUGCAUCCGGAAGAGCGUGUAUAAACAUGGAGCAUGUGCAUGUGUGUGAGUCAGACCUUUGAUUUGGUCCUGAUAUCCUGUUUUGAUAUUCCUUUAUAGUGAUGUUUUCUUGUUUUUGACGUGUUGCCCUUUUAAGAUCCUCGGAUGUAAAGGCCUCUACAAAUAAAAUGUAUGAUUAAUAUUAUUAUUUGUUAUUCUCUGUAUGUUAUCUUCAUGUUUGUGGUUAACAUGGGAAGUGCAGCAGGGCUCAGGCCCAGAGAGGGGCUCAGACACCGUUAAUGAAGAAUGAGGGCUGGUCUCCAGAGAGCAGCUCCUCAUAUUCAUAAAGGCAUUUAAAAUUCUGCUCUUGCACAUAUUUCUGUCUUUCUGUUCACCCACGUUAAUCUUUUAGCGCGUCUCCUUUAGGUUCGGCUGCCUGUCACAGACGUUAGAGCAGAAUAGCAGCUUAGACACAGAGACGCAGGAUGAAUUAGCUGCUUACACAACCUUGUGGUUGGGAAACUGAUGAGCAAGUUGGAGAUUUUUUUUCCUUGCAUUCAAAUAAAACAACAACAAAAAAAAACUGGAAUGAUGAAGAAUAGGAAGUUUAGAUACAAACAACACAUUUGGACAUAUGGUAUCACUGAUGAUCCCAACUCUCCACCUUUGUGAUCCACUCUGCAGCAAGUCCCCAUCGCCAACGGCACCACAAAUCCCUGCAGCUCGUCCAAGUGUGAGGUCAAACUGGAGCUGGCCUUCGAGUAUCUGAUGAGCAAGGACCGGCUGCAGUGGGUCACCAUCACCAGUCAGCAGGUACAGAGUCAGACAGGGUCACUUCAAAACUACUUCAGUUUAAAUUUCAAAAAAAUGAUAUUAAAUCAAACUCCUCAGUGUGUCAGAGGUUAAGUGUUUUUCUCGUGGGGUUUCAGGCAAUCAUGAUGAGUAUCUGCCUUCAGUCCAUGGUGGAUGAGUUAAUGGUGAAGAAGUCGGGCGGCAGCAUAAAAAAGGUUUGGAUUCAGACAAAAUAAAGCCAAACUCCAUAGUAAAUCUCAGCAUUUCACUGAUUUUUUUUUUCACUCUUUGCUUCAAGAUGCUGAGGAAACGACACAACGGCUCCAUCCACCGGCCAGACAGUCAGCAAGCUGUGAAAUCCCCCCCUCUACUGGUGAGACUAUAGAACAGCAUGCUUUAAGUUAGACUGGCUGGAUUGAUUUCACGUGAAGUGUAAUCUAACUUGUUUUGUUGUUUUUGCUGCAGGAAUCACCUGAUCAGAACCGUGAACAGAUUGUCAAACUCUCGGUGAGUAUACAGUUGUAUGCAAAAGUUUGUAUGCCCCCUUUAAAAACGGCAUAUUUUAUAUAAUAUAGAAUUAUUAUUUACAGUCGCUAGUAUAAUUUUAAAAGACAACAUUAUCACUCAGUCUUGUGUUAAACCCACCAUUGAUUAUUCUGUUUAGACCAAGCUGAGCUCGGUGUCCCUCCGAGGAAUCAGCGCCUCCAACUCCAACAACGACAUCAGCGACAACGAUUUCCACGGCAACUACGCUUUCGAGGGAAUCGGGGACGAUGACCUGUAACCCCAGCCCUGUUUCCUGCACCUGUUUCUCCAUCCCACUCUCAGCGGCUGGGACGACAAAGAUUACAAGCUGAGCUGAGCCGAGCCGAGCGGACCACACAGGCGUACGCGUCUGCGAGAUUGUAGCUUCUUCCUGGAGAAAUUGCUGCCUUAAGCUCUCAAAUAAUCUUUGACAGAUUUGACUCGUGUUUUUUUGUUUUUACUUUAAAAGCCUGGUGAUUUGAACUUAGCGUAAAUCAUUUCAAUUUGAAGCCUGUCCCUGUGUCGUUAGACUCGUGGCAUCUUACAGUAAAUAGCAUGUGAAGCUACAGGUACUCCAAUAGGGACGCUUUUAGUUUGUUAGGGUCUGAAAAAAAUUUCCAUUCUCAUUGAUUACUGUGUCGGCGACAGUAACAGUGAAGCUCUUUAAGCGCAGUGAAAUCCUAAAGGUACAAACUGAACUUGACAUGUUCUGAACUACAUGAAGAAACCCUCCCUCUGUGGCUGCAUGUUCCCUCCCCGAGCAGAGAGCCAAAUGUUAAGAUCGACCUGGCACUAGUGAUAAAGCAGCAGAGCUGGAUUUCGGUCCUCCAGAUGUUUCAGAGUUCAGUGAAUGUGCUGAAAUCGAUCUCAAAAGCGUACACUUUCCACAUCAGCUGCUUACUUCUACGUAGGAUCAGCGUUUGGCUCUGCUAUGAACCAAAAUGUCACGUUUUUAUACUGCGAGCGAUCUCGGGUGUCAUGCUACUCAUGUGCCAAGUCAGUUAGUAUCUCAGCAUAGCAACAGAUGUUUUUUUUCUGUUUUGUUUUGGUUUUUCUUUCUAAGCACAGUCGCUCGUACUGCCUCCAGAAAUAGUCUGAUGCCUUAAUUUUAACUUUUUCAUGGGCUGCCACAUCAUUUAUCCAUAAACAAACAAGCGUGAGCGACUGCCCGCGUUUAUAUCCUGGUAGGUGAUCGAUUUGGCUGAGCUGCUUGCACUUGCUGAAGCCAUCAUUUUGCACAGUAUUACACUAGGAGAUGAAUGUUUGAGUGGAAGCUCGGGCAUGACUUUGAACAUUGUGUGGGGCUCUGUAAAUCCAUUUAUGAUUUUUUUUAAAAGACCAAUUUUUUUAAAGGUUUCUCAUAAAUGCCAAAUUAUAGUUUACUAAAGCAUUUUGCACAAAAUAAACAAAAAUUAUGACAAUGUCACUUUUUAUAUCAUGUACAUGCUCUUUAAGUAUUCUGAACAUUUACUAAUAUCUUUAUCAUCAUUAGCUUAUGUAAUCUAAUAGAUCAAAUGUGUAAUCUAAGAUGUAUAGAACACAAAGAUUAAAUGGACUAACAUUUAUCAUUGUUUACAUAACGUGUAGAGGACUUUUUUUAGUUCAAAUGUAAAGUGUUUACAAAUUUUCCAUCUGAUUCUCUUUGUCUUGUUCUGUUGUAUUUGGCCGAGUUAUGGCGUUUGUAGGAGGCUUCAGUUCAUUGUAAUUUGUAUGUACAUUGUGCCAAUCAUCUCAGAGGAUUAAGAAGGUGCUUUGAUGAAGAGGCUCAUGUGAUCACAAGUGCUGGAAAGAACAAAACUCUAAAAGUGAGCGAGCAACAAAACGAUCAUAACCCAGCUUUUUUAGACACGUCAUUCCACUUUUUUUAUAGCUGUCUGCAUCUGCCAGUGUGUUUUUAAGCCGCUAAAUGUAAACAGAUGCCAACCUAUCAACUGCUUUACUCGCACUCGUAGCCACAACUGUAAACAAAAUGUUCUCUCUGUAAAGUGUCUCAUUCUGACUCCAACCUUGGUUUCUUUUCACUCUAAGUCUCUUCCUGGUAAAUGUCUGUAGAAGCAGCAAAGGUCCUGAAAGUUCAGAAAUGUGUAGGUGCCAAAUUUGAAGUGCAUUUCUCAUCAGCAUAACUUUAAUAACAGCAAAUGUUAAAUUUCAUAAAGGUUGUAUUGACUUUGUUCAUUCCACUUUGUUUUAUUCUGAGUGGUGAAAUCAGUGACAGCUGCUGUCAUGAUGCUACAAUAAACUCUGGAGUUAGCUGAUCCUGC